GAAAUCACAUGACUGGUGACUAAGUUAAAUCUUUCCUCAUUAUUGUGAAGUCCGAUGAUCUUCCUUGUUUAAAGUGUUGUAGAUAUUUAAUCAUGUUGCCAUUUAUUCUCUUUUCUACGCUGCUUUCUCCCAUAUUGACUGAACCUGAGGAGCAGCAGUGGAUCUGCAACUCCUCCGAUGCAACUCUUUCCUACAGUUACUGUGAUAACAUGAAAUUCCCUAUUUCUGUUAGUUCGGAACCCUGUAUAUCAUUGAGAGGAACCAUUGGAUUUUUGCAUAUUAAGUUCAUUCCAAGGAGAGACUUAAAAAAGUUAUAUUUGAACCUCUCCAUCAAUGUCAACUCCUUAGAGGUGCCGAAGCGCAAGGAAGUUAUUUGCAGCGGAUAUGACGAUAGUUACUCUUUCUGCAAAGCUCUGAAGGGAGAGACUGUGGACACAGUAGUGCCAUUUUCCUUCAGGGGAAUACUGUUUUCUAAGGGCCAAUACAGAUGUGUUGCAGAAGCCAUUGUCGGGGAUAAUGAAGAAAGGCUGUUUUGUUUGAAUUUUACCAUCAUUCACUACUCUAAAGCCAAUUAAAAUAAAUUGAGAAUAC